CUGGAGAGCUAGUGUCCCCGAUCUUCCUGUUCACAGCCGGUUGAGCUGAGGGGUAGGGGGCGAGUCAGGGGUCCCCUAAUCCUGCAUAGGCUCCUAGUGGCGUCUAGCUUCGGAACAGCAGCUAAACAGGCAGGGUCUGGUGCUCGGGUUGUCCGUUCUUCCCUGUCUUCCUCGCCACUCUUGAGCUGUCCUACAGGACCCAGGGAUCUGCAGGAGGGACCUGAGCCGCGGCGCGAGGAUGGGAAACAGCGCCCUCCGCGCUCAUGUGGAAACCGCGCAAAAAACCGGUGUCUUUCAACUUAAGGACCGCGGGCUGACUGAGUUCCCUUCAGAGUUGCAGAAGCUGACGAGCAAUCUCAGGACCAUCGACUUAUCCAACAACAAGAUAGAGAGCCUACCGCCCAUGAUUAUAGGGAAGUUCACUCUGCUGAAGAGCCUCUCCUUGAACAACAACAAACUGAAUAUUCUCCCUGAUGAGUUACACAAUCUGAAAAAACUAGAGACACUAAGCUUAAACAACAAUCACUUGAGAGAACUGCCCUCUACCUUUGGGCAACUGUCUGCCCUCAAGACCCUGAGCCUCUCUGGAAACCAGCUACGAGCACUACCACCCCAACUUUGUAGCCUGCGGCACCUGGAUGUGGUGGAUCUCUCCAAGAACCAGAUUCGGAGCAUACCUGACAUGGUCGGGGAACUGCAGGUCAUCGAACUUAACCUCAACCAGAAUCAGAUAUCUCAGAUUUCAGUAAAGAUAUCUUGCUGUCCUCGUCUUAAAGUUCUUCGCCUGGAAGAGAACUGCCUUGAGCUCAGCAUGCUUCCACAGAGCAUCCUCAGCGAUUCCCAGAUCUGCCUGCUUGCUGUGGAAGGCAACCUUUUUGAAAUAAAGAAGCUUCGAGAACUAGAAGGCUAUGAUAAGUAUAUGGAGAGGUUCACGGCCACCAAGAAGAAGUUUGCAUGACGUUCUCCAUAAGCAUGGGAAUCCUCGUAGAACAUUUGGAACCUGUUGCAACUGGCUCAAUCAAAGGCUCUUAUUGUUGUCAAGGAUAUCUGCAGUAAGGAGCUGAUACUUCAGGAGAUUAUGUUUUAUUUGAUCUUUUUUCCUUUCCAGGACUUAUCUGAAAUAAGCUAAAAGGAAUCAAUAAACAAGAAAUUUACCCUUUUGAGGCAUGGAUAGGGCAGUGGACAAUGUUGAUCUUCAAAAGCAUCAUUAGUUUGGCUUUAAGAAGUCAAUAGCUAGUUGCUAUUUAUACAGUGAGGAGGGGAUGCUGCCUGCUAAUAGCUCCAAUACCACAGCUUGAAAUUUCAUGUUUAGUUUUAACGUGUGAGCUCUCACAAAAUUAGCUGCCAUCCCACUUCUGUUGACAUUUCACAUUUUUAUGAAAUUCAAGUAACUUGUCAGAGGCUGCUAUGGUAAUCUAAGGAUUUGUGUUUUAUGCCAGUCCAUCCGUUCAACUAUAGUAUUUAUACUUUGACUUUAGGGUCUAUAUAAAUAUGUGACUGUCUUGAGUAAAAGUGUACUUUGUCGGAGAAGCACCAAUACAACACUAAGAGAUGGAUCCCAAGGCUGCAGUAGCAAAUUCUUUACUAUUGCAGGUGCCUUAUUGGUAGAGGGCUUGGAGAGCUAAAACCAUAUAUGCAAAAUUUGUAAGAUAAAAAAGAAUUUAAUAAUCAAGAUUUUCCUGAAGCUUUGUUAGAAAUAAUGUCUUAUUUCUGGUAAUCCUUUUCCUCUUUUUGUAUUUAUAAGUCUACUAAUCAAAUUAUUAUCAAAAAACUACUGCAAUUAUUUUAAAACAACCUAUGUUUAUCAAGUUUAUUCUCUGAAUGAGAAAAUAUACCAAAUAAAGAAUUUUUAAUGAACUUUAUGGCUGGAAGAAAUGCUUAUCCUUUAAAAGAAGACAGGAGAACUUGAACCGGUAAAGACCUGUUCCCUAAAGUAAGCUGACCGGGAAGAAGUGGUUCAUGUUCAGGCUGCGUGAGUACUGCAGUGCCUUCACGCGACCGACAGACAUUUUGUGGCAGUGGAGCCGUGCUUAUUAAGAGGAACUUAAUAGAGGUACAAAGGUAGACGGUUUCAGAUUGUUACUGACACGGACAUUUAGAAGCUCCCACUCUGUCAUUUUCUGAAGUUUUGUCUUAGUCAAGCAGCUAUUAUUUACCAUGCAUUGAGUUCUUGUUUUACAAACCUACUUUGACCUUUAAGUCAAGAGAUCAUAAGAGCCUAGUAUUUAAUCUAUUAGGGGAAGUCUCUCUGACUUUAAUUCUGGUCUAGGGAUUCUGUUUUCCCAUGUUAUUUUCUGUUUCUCAAUUUGGGGAGGAAUAGGAGUACCAGUUUAUCAUUACUGAUUUUUUUUCUAAAUCAACUUUUAUGCUUAACCUUAUUGAAUACUGACUGAACAUUUUCUCUAAAUAUUUUGUAAGUACUUAUCUAAUAAAUCAGAACUUACAAAUUAAACUUAAAUGUCCCCAGCCACUUAAUUGCUAAUUGGAAUUUUUAAAAUCCCCACCCCUAUGACAGUCGAUGACUACUACCUUUCAAGACCUAGACCCAGCCUUAUUUCCAGAUACCCUUUCUUCAUUCUCAUUUGCCUGCCUAGUUAUACCAUAUUAUUCUGCUCCUUAAACCCACAGUGAAAUGUCUCUCUUUUAACUGCCUUUACAUUGUUUGCUCAGUUAAAACAAUUACUAAUGUCCCCCUUACUAGCAUGCUCCUUCCCUCUGUCUAAGCAAAUUCACUGCUCCUCCAUCUGUUACGAUAGCACUUCGCACAUUCUGUAGCCAUCUGUCUCUUGUUAAACUGAAUGACUUGAGGGCAGGAACUAUCUAAAGUAAUAUGCCCAGAGUUAUAGUACAUAAGUAUUUAGACAAAUAUGAGCUCACAAAGUACGUUGACUUGUGGUCUGGAAACCCACAUUCUGGUGGCCACCAGCCCUAAGUCACUUACAUUCUUUCAGAACCUGGUUGGAAGUCAUUGUAGAAUACUGAGUAAGAUCAUAGCCCUUGGAGUCAGAAAGAUCCUAGUUUGAAUUCAAAGUCUAUCAUUUACUAGCUUAUGAAUUAAAGCAAUUUAUUCUCAUCUGUGAUAUGGGCAAUACCUCCUACCUCUCACAUAUGUUAGGAGGAUUGGUGAAAAGAUACAUAAAAAGGCAUUUAGCACAGUGCCCACGACAGAGUAAGCACUCAAUAAAUGGUGCCAUUUAUUUCAUCUGUAAGGUAUUAAAAUAGAAUUUAGCAAGCUUGGAGGGGUGUCCAGCCCACAGCUCACGGGCCACAUGCAGCUCAGGAUGGCUAUGAAUGCGGCCCACACAAAAUUGUAAAUUUACUUAAAACAUUGUGAGAUUUUUUUUGUGAUUACUUGUCGCAACAUAUUUAAUGUGUGACCCAAGAUAACUCUUCUUCUUCCAGUGUGGCCCAGAUACACCAAAAGGAUGGACACCCCUGCUGCAGAAAUGGAAGGCUUUGAUCAGACACCAAGUUAAAAAGGAUAAGAACCAAAUGGCUAGAGAAUAAGGAACUUGGAUAUCAAGCUGAGAAAUAUAACUCUGACUACGAAUGUAGUUGGGAUAACUUAGAAUUUUAGCAAGAGAGUGACCUAAAGAAACAAAUUCUAAGUACAAUUGGGUAUAGGAUAUCCGGGAAGUAGAAAUUUAAGUUAAAAGGAUAUUCACAACUCACACAUGACAUGAACAUAUCUAGAGUUGAAGUAGUAAUAAAAGAUAAAUUAAAACUGAA